UUUAUCUCAGACUAGAUUACAGGUAGGCUACGUUACACAGUAGUGUCCUUUCUCACCGUGGAGCGUAGUGGGUAGUUAACAUAGUUCGCAAGUGGUGGAAAAACAUUUGAAAGGGAGGAAUACAAAUCAUACAAGCUAUCUAGUAAUAUUUUAAACAAAGAUGAAAGCACACACCGCUCUUUUUUUUAUAUUUACCUGGACAGUAGUAUUUCACUGUUGCUACUGCUUCUACCUUCCGGGUUUGGCUCCUGUGAGUUUCUGUGAAGAAGGGAAAAGCAGCGAUGACUGCCAGGCUACCAUCCAACUGUUUGUGAAUCGCCUGGACUCUGUGGAAUCAGUUCUCCCUUAUGAAUAUGAUGCUUUUGAUUUUUGCCAAGAUGCUCAUGAGCAAAGACCAUCGGAAAACCUUGGCCAGGUGUUGUUCGGAGAGAGAAUUGAGUCAUCCCCGUAUAAGUUUUCUUUUAUGAAAGAGGAGACCUGUCAGAAGGUGUGCAGCAGAACCUAUGAUGCCACCAAGAAAGAAGACAGGAAAAAACUGUAUUUCCUUAAGAAAGGGAUGAGACUGAACUACCAGCAUCACUGGAUUGUUGACAACAUGCCUGUGACUUGGUGCUAUGAAGUGGAUGGUGGGCAAAAAUUCUGCAAUCCAGGGUUUCCUAUUGGCUGCUUGGUAACUGAGACUGGUCAGGCGAAAGAUGCCUGCGUUAUCAACGCACACUUUAACAAGAAGAACACAUACUACAUCUUCAACCACGUGGACAUCACUUUGACCUACCACAGUGGAGAGGGCGAGGCCUGGACGGGGGCGCGUCUGGUGGGAGCCACUCUGGAGCCCAGGAGUUUCAAGCAUGGUGAUAAAGUGUCAUGCGAAGGAGAACCCAUGGGCAUACCAUUAACCUCAAAGGACACUACCACAUUAACUUACACCUACUCUGUCAAAUUUGAAAAAAACAAUAACAUCAAAUGGGCCUCAAGAUGGGAUUAUAUUUUGAUAUCCAUGCCUCACACCAAUAUCCAGUGGUUUAGCAUUAUGAACUCUCUGGUCAUCGUGCUCUUCCUGUCUGGGAUGGUAGCUAUGAUACUGCUGAGGACACUGCACAAGGACAUCUCCAGAUACAACCAGAUUGACCAGGAAGACUCCCAAGAAGAAUCUGGGUGGAAACAGGUGCACGGUGAUGUGUUCAGGUCCCCCAGGAAAGGAAUGCUUCUGUCUGUGUUCCUGGGGCAAGGAACUCAGAUCUUCAUCAUGACCUUCGUCACUCUCUUUCUGGCGUGUAUGGGCUUCCUGUCUCCCGCGAACCGAGGCGCAUUGAUGACGUGUGCAGUGGUCUUAUGGGUGUUGCUAGGCACCCCGGCGGGCUACGUGUCUUCCCGGAUGUACAAGACGUUCGGAGGUGAGAAAUGGAAGAGCAACGUGCUGCUGACUGCUCUGCUGUGCCCAGGCAUCGUGUUCACCAACGUCUUCCUCAUGAACCUGAUCCUGUGGGUGGAGGGCUCGUCGGCCGCGGUCCCCUUCGGCACGCUGGUGGCCGUCCUGGCCCUGUGGUUCGGCAUCUCUGUGCCACUCACCUUUCUCGGGGCGUACUUUGGCUUUAAGCAGGAGGCGAUAGAGUACCCUGUGAGGACGAAUCAGAUCCCCCGUCAGAUCCCACCACAGUUGUUCUUCACAAGGCCCUAUGCCGGGAUCGUCAUGGGGGGUGUCCUUCCCUUCGGCUGCAUCUUCAUCCAGCUCUUCUUCAUCCUCAACAGCAUCUGGUCUCAUCAGAUGUACUACAUGUUUGGCUUCCUGUUCCUGGUCUUCAUCAUCCUCAUCAUCACCUGCUCUGAAGCCACAGUUUUACUGUGCUACUUCCACCUGUGUGCGGAGGACUAUCACUGGUGGUGGCGCUCCUUCCUCACCAGUGGCUUCACAGCGGUCUACCUGUUCAUCUACGCCAUCCAUUACUUCAUCUCCAAGAUGCAGAUCACGGGCCUAGCCAGCACCAUCCUCUACUUCGGCUACACCCUCAUCAUGGUCCUCGUGUUCUUCCUCUUCACCGGUACCAUCGGCUUCUUUUCCUGCUUUUGGUUCGUGCGCAAAAUCUACAGCGUGAUCAAAGUGGACUAAAGACUGAGGUCUCUUUGCUGAGGCAUCUUCUCAGGGAUCGCACAGCGAUUUAAAUGGAGAGCUUUUCUCAGCGGCAGCAGGCCUGCGCCACCAGAGAUAACCGAAUGUAACGUCAGGUUCUUUCAAACCAAUGAUGGUUUGGAAGCAAUAUUUGUAGGGCUAAAUGGCCAUUGUUUUCAUUUUAUAUUGCUAUUACUAAUCAGUUUGCUGCUCACCGAAACAUCCGAAGAUACUGUGCCAUCCAGAGGAGAUAAUUAUGUUGCAAUAGCUAGGUUCUUUUUUAAUUUGGGAGGUGAUCAUGACCAAAAGGUUGUGAUAUCGUGAUAUUGUAAAUACCAUGAUGUGGGGUUUUUAUUGAAUUGUGCUUUAUAUUCUUAAGAAAAUCCUGUUUGGGACCUUUUAAAAAAUAACUUGAAUACAGAGACACCGAAUGAAUGUGGGUUCAGGAAUUGUGUGAAGAAAAAUUCAUGUAUAUAUAUGAUUUUUAUCUAUUUUUUUGUUUCUGAUUUUUAUUUCCUGCUUUUGUCAUUUUUAGGGUAGGGGCGACCAGAAGUAAAAUAAUCUUGCACACAUGGCAUACUAGUGCCCUAAAUCACAUGAACUAAGUUGAAAUAUUCUAAUUUUAUUGAAUUCUAUUUAAAUUGUAUUUGUUAAAAGAUAAUUAAACAGUUGUUCAUGGACAA